UAUAUAUCUAAUAAUUAACCGUGCGACCCCCCCGCCGAAAUUGUUCCAUUUCGCGAUGGGAAGACCAUCAUCCACCAUCGAAGUCCCUCGUGAUCACCCGACUCCUGACUCCGAUGACUAUCGCCGCCGUCGAAGCCCUAGCUACGACUCAUACGACCACCAUACCGACCGCCUCCGCCGCCGCCAUUCGGAAUCGCCGGAACACAGAAACCCUAGACACGCUAACGGAACUCCGAAAGACAACGCUCUGCCAAAGAAAUUCGGUCGCCGAAACGGUGCGUAUCUGGACUGCGACCGCGGGGUUUGGCGGCGCUCCGAUUCCGAGUCCGACGAGGAGUUGAAAGGUUUGAGCUACGAGGAAUAUAGAAGGCUCAAGAGGCAGAGGAUGAGGAAAUCGCUGAAGCACUGUAUUUGGAACGUUACGCCUAGUCCUCCUAGGCACGAGAACGAUGAUCUGGAAGAUGAUAACAAAGCUGAUGAAAUUUUUUUGGGAGACAAUGGCGCUGGGAAGAGCGAUAAGGAGGUUAAAGCAAGAGGAAAGUCGGAAUCUGAAUCUGAUUCUGGUUCAGAAUCCGAGAAAUCUGUUAGUAGUGAAUCAGAUGAUUCGCGUUCAAGGAAGAAGAGAAGAAAGAGUUCUGGUGGUUCUUCGAGGAAAUCGUACAGCGAUAGCGAAUCGGAAGAUGAAGAAGAUCGUAGUCCAAGAAAGGGUAGGAGUAGUAAUAGAAGGAAAAAGAAACGGAACAAGACGAAGAGAAGGUAUAGCGAUUCAGAUGAGAGUGAAGAGAGGGAGAGCGAUGGUGACUCUGGUAGUAGUGGAAGAAAGGGGAAGAAACGCUCUUCUUCUUCAAGGUCUCAAUCAAAACGUAGCAGAAGGAGCAGAAGAACGAAGAGAAGAUCGGAGACGGAAAGUGAGAGUUCGUAUUCGGAGGAGGAUAAUGGUUCUGGUUCAGGUGAUGCUAUGAGUACAGCAAUAGUUGAUGAGGUGAAGAAGACGGAGAUCAAUGCGGAGGCUCUGAAGUUAAAGGAGUUGUUUGAGUCACAGAAAAAACCCGCUUUGGAUAAUGAACCCUCGGUUGGGCCAAUGCCCUUGCCCAGAGCUGAGGGGCACAUUAGCUAUGGUGGAGCGCUUAGACCCGGUGAAGGUGAUGCUAUUGCACAGUACGUUCAACAAGGGAAGCGUAUUCCGCGUAGAGGUGAAGUGGGUCUUUCUGCGGAGGAGAUUCAGAAGUUUGAGAGCCUUGGUUAUGUGAUGAGUGGUAGUAGGCAUCAGAGGAUGAAUGCCAUUCGUAUUAGGAAAGAAAACCAGGUUUAUAGUGCUGAGGAUAAGCGUGCUUUGGCUAUGUUUAACUAUGAAGAGAAGGCCAAAAGGGAGCAUAAGGUUAUGGCUGAUCUGCAGCGCCUCGUGCAGCGCCACAUUGGCCAGGAUGUUGGUCCAACUCAUGAUCCUUUUGCUGCAAAAGCCUCUGACGGUGCUGAUGCAUGAUCCUAAUAUUGAUAGCUCUGAUUUUCAUCCCUCAUGGUUUUAGUCUCCCAAGUCAUACCCAUGCGACUGACUGCAUGCGAAUAAUAUUUAUAGAGAAUGACUGUGGUCCUGCAAGAAAAAUACGUUUGUCUCUUGACUCUGAGUUUUGAUAAGACCUACUAUUCAACUUAAAAUACGAUCAUUGAUUUUUCAUUUUGUAAGAUUUUGAAGCUUUUAAGUCCAGCCAGACAUGACUUAAUUGAGGUUGAUCCAGCCCCUUCAUAGUUAAUGAAUACUGCUUUUGGAAGAGCUAGUCAUUAUUCUGAUUGGUCAUCGGUGGCUUCUCUUUAUUCUUAUGGACAUUCACUUUUAUGAUAUUUUGUGCUGAUGUGUAUAUAGUAUAGAUGAAUACAAAUUGUUAGUCCUUGCUGCUGAUUUAAAGAGGUGAACUCCUGCAUAUAGAUGUUGGUAUUUUGUAUACUUUUGUAGUUGUAAACUUGUAAGGCGUUAUUAAGAUUAUUCAAUAUACUUGUUGGAUUGUCCUGCUGAAAUUAAGUUGUCCAUUGUCUAUGAAAGAGAUAUAU